CGUCGUUCCAGGGAACGAGCGAGCUGCUGCCAACCAARCCGAUCCAAUCAUUUAUUUCCCGUCGCUUUGUUGUCCAAACCGACGUAGGAAAUAUUGAUCGGACUUUUCACUAGCUCUUUACCGUUCCUAAAUAUUAUGAACAACAACAAUUUGAACGGUGGCAAUCAUCACCGUCAGCAUCACCACCAACAAAACAACCAACAACARCGUUCACAACACGCACARCAAGGCCGUCCUUCCAUCCCACCACAGUUCCAGCAGCACUUCCAGAGACACCCCCAGCUUCAAGCCCGAAACCAGGACCCUCAGCUUGCCUAUCUUUUGGCAAAUGCAGCAGCCGGCAGAACUCAACAGCCACCAUCCCUCAAUGCUUUCCAGUCCAUGGGAGCUGGGAAUUCYGGCACCGCAGCGACCUCCCUCUUCGAGGAACAGAUUCUCCAGCGAGCCUCUGCCCUCCGAGCGGAGGCUUUGAUGCACCAAAACCAGCAGCAGCAUCCAUAUGGAGGAAGUAGCGGUGGAAAUAACAACCAACAGCAGCAUCGCCAACAGCUCCAGCUCCAGGCUGCCAUGCAGGCAUUUCAGCAGCAGCAGCAGCACUCACGUACCGGUGGUCCCCUAUCGACUUCGUCUAUGCGCAACUCCUCCUCUCCCCCCGCAAGAACACCCCAGCGCGACAUCCUUCAGCAGCAGCAGGAGGCUGCUCUCCUGGCAAGGGCCGCUACCCUCCGUGAUUACGGACUCGCUUCGGCAGGGGGAUCAUCCCCCAMCAGUGCUCAAUCAGAUCCUUCGGCCUUUUACGGAAGCGCACCCACCAUUGGGAGUGGGGGUCCCCCUGGUCCCGGCGGAAACCUCGGCCGCAUGCAGGAGCAYCUAGACAUGAAUGCUCUAAUGCGCCAUCGUCAGCAACAAAACAACCACCAGAGAGCCUUUGCCCUGGAGCAGGAGCUAGGGCGGGUCAACCAGACACAAAGGUACGCGGCAACUAGUGCACAGUCACCCUUGAAUGGUGGUGGACCAAGUGGCGUCAUCGCCAGUAACAGCGGCAGUUCUUUCAUCGGCAACGUUCCCAAAACCCAAAGCGGCAAUCCAGCACCUACUGUUGCGUCUGCUCAAAAGACCACGGCAUUGUCCAAGAGGGAUUCUGAGGCCUCAGAAGCUCCGUCUUCGGUAUUUUCCUCKGCWCCGCAGGGACAAGAUGGCCCCACUGCUGCAGCUGCAGCUGUUUCCAAGAACAAAACCGACGUCGACAGAGCACCCAAAGGCGACGAGGCGUCGACUGUAUCGACAUCAUCGAAGACUUCGACUGCUCCUUCCAAGACAAAACCAACUAUCAAUGCUCCAAAGAAAUCAUCCGGUCAGCAGCGCUCCACGCCAGAGUCUUCGGAUCCAGAAUUGAAGACUUCCGAACCAAUGGUCGCUGGUGACGCCGCAGCAGCUGCUACAACCGCUGCCUCCAUCAAAACGAAAGAGGAGCAUCGCAAUACUCCCGGAACUGUCAUUGUCCCGUGCAGAGCCAGGGGAAUGGUGCGUGUGAAAUCUAGGGAGCCUGAAACUAACUYAUAGAGAAUCGUGCUUGCGUAUCUUAUUUGGCGUUGAGUAUUUCAUGGAAAGCGGCUGCAAUCUCACUAAUUUUUUUUUCACUCCUUCAACAUUGACUUUUUCGAACACAUAAUCGAAUAGCCGAUGAAUCAUAACUUCAUUGUGAGUAGAGUUUUGCUGUUUCACGGAAUAUUGAUUAUACCUCCUACUUUUGAUUCGAAUUUUGUUGUUUUAGUUAUUUUCUAAUCUUUCUGUUUUCUUUUCUCUCCUUUCGUUGAUUGCUUGAUGGGAUACGGCUAUGAACUCAGUCGGCCUACUUUGUGAUAUCGGAAGAUGCGAAACACGGAGAAAAUCUUAUUUGUUCAUAUUUUGCAUGUCGCAACGGAGGAGUCAAGUUCCGAUAUUGCGCCUAUUGCAUGGCCCCGGUAGCSAAACGAAACUUCAGUCGCCGACAUGAUCAUGGAAUGUCCAAGAAUAUGGGUGCUGGCAACCUCCAGGACGAGGAAGAUGACGAUGACGAUGACACACUAGGCGAACAACCCGAAAAAAUGGAAUGCAUUCCAUGUGACAAAGAACUCAGUGGCAGCGAGGCAGAAAUAGAAAUCAAUGACCCGCAGCCGCCAGAGAAAGAGGAAAAUGAGCAUUUACCUACCGGUGACCAAGACGGCAAGCGCAAGGGAAUGGAAUCCGAUGUAGUUGAAGCCAAGGUCGAAGCGUCUAUUAUCGAUGCCGAUGACAACAAAACAAGCUCAGUUUCGGUGGAUUCCGAGCGCCAAUCCAUGUGGAACAAACUCUUGACCAAGCGCCCCCGCACAAACGAUCCGAAAGAACUCUCAUCGUGGCUCAGUGAAGUGAUAGCAAUUAGUGAUGUUGAUUUUCCCCUCGAACGAGUUUACGCACAGAACAUGAACAACCCCCUGGGCCAAAUUCUUUUCAACCAACUACCAACUCUAACCGAGCAAAAGAACGUAGCAGCAAAUGGUGUGGAGGAGACCGAAGGAGACUCGAUAAGGAAUUCCUCUAGCGCCAAGGAUUCUAUAGCGAGCAAUGGGAAGAAGGACUCUGAUGUAACCCUUGCAAGUGCAGAGGGUGACGAAGAAGCAUCUGACUCUACGAAGGAAGAACCAGACGACACUUUGGCUGGUGACAGUACCUCCAAGGGCCCGGAAAAGAAACCUAACAAAUCAGUGGCAACUAGUAGUCCCUCCAAAAAAAGGAAUGCUAGGAAUGACGAAGAGGGUUUUUCCGGAACCUUUGCCGAUUGGAGGGAUCGGAAGAAGGGCAGGUCACUCAAAAAAGGACCAGGGUCUCUUCGGAAGUAACCGAGAGUAAAUUUUCAGCGGCUCGAUUCGUUUGUAUAUGGAAUACAAAGGAAAACGAGUU